AUGGGGUCGACACUCCCGCCGAAGGAGGGCAACCUCUUUAAAGUCAUCGUCGUAAGAUUUUCGAAACCUUUCUUCCGGUCUGGAACUCGCGGUGCUUAAUUUAUCGUCGGUUUUACUUGCCGCCUCUCUAAUCAAGACGCUUACUUUUACGCCCUUCCCGUCUCGAAACCGCUCUAGAGCGCGGUUUAGAAUUAACAGAGUGGCUGUAACCUCGUCAUAUUAAAUAAUUUGGACUCAUGUUACUUGUGCCGAGAUUCUCUGUUGCGAUUGCUGCUGUUGUCGAGUCGUAUAUUCUCAUUAAGGGAUCCUAGUACCCCCGAGACAUUAUUUCUCUCCGGAGAUUGCAGCUGCACAGGUUGUCUAAACGGCCGCUGUCAGGUUUCCCUGUAGUCAACGCAACAGUCGUCAUUGGAAGUGUAGGUUCGCUAUCACUGUGAAUAUUCGCCUGGGAAAAAUACUCAGAAUGGAUAAAUACCUUGUUAAGCAGAAAAUUUUGUCACUCCAGUUGGAGAGUUCCUUGUCCGAAAGAUAUCCUUUAUGCGUAGUAUUCAGGACAGUGGGCAGGUUAAUCUGGACUCUCGGCAUCUUAAAAUGUCACGAUGUUUUGGACACAAUACUUUGGAGAAUUUUAUAAUUUUUCAGGAAGCCAGAUUGCAUCCAAUGCAUUCAUCUUUCUUUUUUUUUCCUGUUCAUAUAAGCGUGCUUUGUUAGGAGUAUAAAAUAUGAUCCUUUCCAAUAUUAUGAACAUCUAACUUAUUAUUUCAUAUUUUUAUGAAUAUUCCUACUUUUCUUUGAACGGCAAGCUAGAAAAGACUAUGGGUCAUGGUUCAUGGUUAGGUUUGAACAAGUUGAACAGAGCUCGAGUUUUUAUUUCUCUUAAUUUUUUCGAGUAGAUGUAAACAAUUUUACUCUUGAAAUGUUUAAUAAUGUCCGUGUAUUUUAUACAAUAUCAGUUGCCAAUGUUCGUUAGAUGCAUAAUCCGGAUUUUCCCGUAUGUGGAAAGCUUGUGGUCGAUUUUUUUUUCUGUGGCCUAAAGAAAGCUAUUCAGAAGGUACCAUGGGCAUUUAAAUAUGAUCAUAAUUUGAUUCUCGUUUUUGGGACUUCUCUUUGGUCCUAUGCAGAAAUCGUAUGAGACCAAACAAUACAAGAAGGGUCUAAAGGCUGCUGAUGCCAUAUUGAAGAAGUUUCCAGAUCAUGGAGGUAUGUGAACUCAGUGUGCAUGAGAGUUAACCCCUAGAGCUUCGGUUACUUCCGUGUAUUUCUACUGUUUUCCGAGUUACUAUCUCUUUUAGAUUUUUUAUCAUUUUUUGGACUGUUCUCAAUACGUUGGGAAAUGAUUGGCGCUGCAUGCUGUUGACUGUAAAAACUGUAUGAUACAUUUGUUCUGUAUGCAAGCACUUCAUGAUGAUGAAAUUGGAAUCUGGGGCACACCAAUUGGUGAAGACCUUCCCCACGAACUCAAUACUGGCUACGACUGAAAGUCCUUGAAGAUAAUGGAGCCUCCUUUGGAGUGCCUAAAUGAACUGAGGGACUCUUUUUAUCGAAUUGUUGAUACAAUUCCCAGUUACUCGCUGAGAAUUUUACCUUCGAUCAAAGGCUAUUGUUCUUCCCGUAAAAGUGGUACAUGAGAUUGCAUAGAUGGCUCUGUUUUUAUAUUAAUGGUGAAUCCUUUUCCUCUGACAAGUGAAUAAUCUUGGUUUGACCGCAUUCUAUGAUAUGAUAUGAUAUGAUAUGAAUUUUAGUGUCAAGGAUGUACCUGAAGUUGGACUAUCAGAUCUGUAUGUCAUUUUCUCUCUGUUGCUAUGACAGCUUAUCUUCCUCUGAACUCAGCGGGUAUAAGUUGUCUUCUGAAACGUCUAAUAAUAAUUGUCAGUUUAAUUCUAAGGUUCCCAUCGAAGGAGAGCAACUUGCUUUGCAGUCAAAAGAGGGAUCUACCUGUCGAUUAUGAUGGGGCUCUUGAGACUGAAUUGAGGACAUUUACACCUGAAACGUUGCUGCAGGAGAAACUGAUCUACUAAAGACAUAGUUGGCGGGAGCAGGUUCUAAUUAACUAGCAGAGGAAAAUGAACAGUGUAUCCUAUGUUGAUGACAAAAAUGGAAUCAGGAUUCCAUUUUAUUUCCAUACGUUAACUCACCAUUUUAUUUCCAUACGUUAACUGAACUGACUGAAGAAGAAUUAUUUUUUGUUAUCGCAAAGUGCAUGAAAAAGGAAUGGAUAGAUCCCAACUGAAACUUGAUCUAUGCAUAAUAAUUUAUGCCUCUUUCACUCAUUCCUAUGAGAAUCGUACAUCAAUAUUGCUUGAAUGCCAAUGAAGUUGGGAAUUUGUAGAGGAUGGUGGUCUUUGAGAGUAACCUGCGUAGCUACAAGGGGAUAUUAUCUCGGGGAGACCAUUGUUGCUUGACUGCAAAUCAAGUCGGGAGUUCGUGGAGGAUAAUGGCCUUUGAGAGCAACCUGCAAAGUUACAUGAGGAUAUUCUAUCUCAGGACGACCAUUGCAUGCUUGAUUUCAACAUUGAUUGUACUGCGGCUCCCUAAAGCUUUGGGAAUUGGAACUGUAGGGAACAAGUCGAUCUCCACUUAUGUCAAUGGUAUAGGCGGUGUUCAGGUUUCUGUUAACUCUUCUCUUUCCUGAUCGCAUUCCCCUCCCCUUAAACCUCACCAUGUCUCUGGGAUGAUACACAUCAUCUUCACCAAUGUGUUUUGACAAAGAUGCCUAAUGCGCAUCCCUCCCUCUGCUAUUUGAGGAUAUACCGGAAAAUUUGAUUGUGGUGAUCCUGGCUAUGGUUACCUCGCCUGAAUCGUCAAUCUAAUUUAAGGGAUAAUUGUCCUGUCAACGUGGGAUGGGGUUGGAUUUACCCUUUUGUAGACAUUCGAACUUCCAUAAAAACUGAGAAAACUAUGAAUACAGCGGCACAGAAAGGACAUGCGUAUUUCGGCUUUGCUUGUCUACUACGAGGAAAAUUUACCAUGUCUUAAUCGAGUUCCUUGUUUGUCUUGUUUCCCUUGCUCGAUCAAAGUGUGGAAGUGACGUGUAGAAGGCAGGCAAGACAAAUUUAAUUGUUUUUUAGUAAUUCGCAAAAUUUCCUUUAACCCUAAAGAAGAUUAUGGGAGAGGGGUAAUCUAGUAUGGAUAAAUGAAUAUUAUUUUGUGGAACAUCCAGAGCCCAGACGAUGAUACACAAUCAGGGCUAUCAAGGGUCUUGUCAUAUGAACAAAAUAAUCCAGGAGUGCCAAUAGGAUUCCAGAAAAAAAAAUGCAAUUUUCGGUGAGUAAUUUGGGAAUGAAUUUUCCGGAUGGAUAUUCCUCCAUCUAGACAGUUUCAAGAAGGGAUAGCUUAUAAUAAUGGGAGGGAGAUUAUGAAACUGUAAGUGAGAAAUAGUAAAAUGAGCAUUCCUCCUUGAAUUUAAAAUAGCUUACCUUGCUAAUUUGCGAUACUUUCAGUUCACCAUUUCAGACUGACCGCAACAUUAGAACUGUCGUUUCAUGUCUCUCACAUAUGGCAAGUUCUCUAAUGUUUCAAACCUUUAAGAGAGUAGUACCCGUGGUUGGAAACUUUUCUUGCACAUUCUCUUGAGAUUGUUAAAAUAGUGAUUUUAGAGUAUUAGGCACGAGCUUGUAUUUCUUUGACAUGUUGCUAAUGACUGAAGAAUAUCUAUAUCUAAUUCUUUUAUUUCGAGAUUUUAUAUUCAUAGUUUUCUCCACUGAUGGAUCUCUGUACCACUGUUUUAUAAUUAUGCUCCCUUGCGGCCUUCAUGUAUGUACAUGUUUAGGCAGUGGACCUUAUUUGCCAUCUUAUUCUUUUUUUGUCCUUGUAGAGACAUUGUCCAUGAAAGGACUGACGUUAAAUUGUAUGGACCGCAAGUCUGAAGCAUAUGAGCUUGUUCGGCGUGGUCUAAAGGUUGUGAUGAUAGACGCGAUUUUGUUUAUGGCUCUUCACUUCGAGUAGAGCUAUGCUUUUUAACUGAUAUUUGUUUUCUCUACAGAAUGACCUCAAGAGUCAUGUUUGCUGGCAUGUCUUUGGCUUACUUUACCGAUCAGAUAGGGAAUAUAGGGAAGCGAUAAAGUCCUAUCGGAAUGCCCUGAGGAUUGAUCCAGAAAAUAUUGAAAUCCUCCGGGACCUGUCACUAUUACAGGUGCCCACUAAAACCAUUUGAUUUAUGUAUUUAUGUAGCCAAGGAAAUCGUCUCUAUUUGUCUCCGACGUUUUGAUUGUGAACUAGUUAUUUGCUGGUACUUGCAUUAUUCCGUGGUGUCUUAAGCCGUUGGGAAUAAACUAACCCUGAAUCCAUGUAUUCAUAGUAAUUCUUUCCAUUUUUACUUAUAAACCCAAUUAUGGAUCGGGAUUUGACUUUGGUCAAAUUUAAUAUAGCACAGAAAGUGGUCUUCAUAUUACGAAAUAUUACUCGUGCUUUAUGUGAAUUAACUGUUGACUGUCAUUGUAUUGGGACAGGAAGUUGAUUAGAGGCCAACCUGUAAUUGUAUCCAGUCAGAUUCUGGCUUAGAUUCCAUGUUUUAGCAGUGCUGACCGCUAUGCUUAUUAACAUUUGCUUUCAAAUCCUGCAACUUAAGAAUAUGCCCCUUGGUCUGCUAUCUGCUUUACCUAUUGUAUCCUAACCAUCAACUUCCCUGUAAAACUUUCAUUUGUUUUCGAGUAAGGCAUGAUGGCUGUACGUACCUUUUUGGUCUACAGAUCUCAAGAAUUUGUGAACUUUGUAUAAAUUGAACGAUGAUAAUGCCACGGGUUUAUAUCAAGACUGAAUUAUCUUUCUCUAAUUUUGCCUUAUUGGAAAUAUCCAGUGUUAGCUGUUAAUCCUACUUAUGUUCUGGUUUAGAUUUUUGUUCCGUAUAGACAUCUUUGGAAGACAAUCUGAUCGGAAUUCGUUAGAAUGAGGUUAAAAUGUGGUUAGGAUCAUAUUUUACUUCCCUUUUUCUUGUGGGUCAACAACAUUAUAAAGGCAUGCCAUUCACACUCUCUCGUACAUCAGAUUUUUUUGACCAAAUGACUAACAUGACAAUGUACUAUUUUGUGUGAGACUAAUUGUCACUGAUUUUCUGAUGCAUAAGUUCCGUUGGCCUUACUCUAGCAGAACUCAUUUAUAUUACUAUCCAGGCACAAAUGCGAGAUUUGGGAGGAUUUGUUGAGACAAGACAACGACUUCUCAGUUUGAAACCUAACCAUCGCUUGAACUGGAUUGGGUUUGCUGUUGCUCAUCAUUUAAAUAGCAAGUAUGUUUGAGUAUUUAAUUAAGUUGUGGAUUCUAGUUUUCUUACUGUUUCUCAUUACAUGGUUUUAUUGUAGCCAAAAAAAUUUAUUUAAAUUAUUUUUACUGUUGUUUGGGAGCAAGAUUCAUUGAUAACUCAUAAGUCGCAUGCAACCUAUGAAUAUGUGAUGACGCAAAGGUGUCCCACUGGAUUCCUCAUGCUGAAAUCAUUCUCGAACUUUCCUCUGAGUCCUUUUUAUUUUUGCCUCCCCGUCUCUUACUUUCUCUUUAUUCCUUUCCAGAUUUUUCCCCUAUUUCCUUCUACUCGUUUUCCAUUCACAGUUUUUUCUACAUGCCUAUGACGAAUUUUAAUUUGUUAGAAUCAAUGGAAAAUAAGGAUAUUAUUUCUUGAAAGUCUCCCCUGCCCCAAAAGAUGCGGUUGCAGUGGCUGGGAGAAAAUGAGGAAGCAUUUUGGGUCAAGGUCACUGAGGAUGAAAUACUACAAUUAUUGUAGCAGUUGGUCAACGUAGUUAUUUUUGCCACGAGCGCCUUUUUCCUCGGAAUCAACUUAUUCCUGAUCCUGAUCUAAUUCCACCAAAUAUGGAAAUUUCCCGGCAUUAGGAUCUCGUAAUAUCUCAUCUCAAGCUAACUGCAUCCUCGGAUUAGAAGAAUACAUAUUUAAAUUUUGAUUUAUUCUCUAUGACUUACGCACAUCUUCAUAUUAAAAAAUAACUUCAGAUUCUGAAUUUGAUGUCUUUUCUAUGACUUUGUCUGUGGCCUCAUGGAAUCAUUUCAUAUAUUUAUGAUUGUUUUCGAAAUGAUGGCACAUCCAUCUUCGAUUGUCGGGCAGUACUAGGUAGCAGGCUUGCCGGGUUAAAUGUAAAGUCCUUUUUCAUGAUCGGUGAAGACCAGUAGUAAUAUUGAGAAAGAUCUGGUGUACUUUAUCUAUCUUGCAAAAGAUUUUCGCAUGCAAUUUUGGGCCCUAGUUUGGCGAGAUUUUGUGCUGUAAUCACUCCUACUGCUGCGAAAUUUUCUAGAAUGUGAGUUCAUACGGCACUAGGAAAAAUGACAAGUUUUGCGGCUAGCAUGUGGAUUGAGUUAGCAUGUACAAUUGAAUUUACAUUGUCAUUUCUAGGAUAUUAGUGGUACUUUGUAGUUAUCGAUUGAUUUGAUGUCUAUAAUACUCCAGACUUUUAAUUUGCGACUAAAAAUAUGGUUUCUAUGUUAGUGUCUCAAAGGCUGUUGACAUCUUGGACGCCUAUGAAGGCACGUUAGAAGAUGAUUACCCUCCAAAUAAUGAGCGUUGUGAACACAGUGAAAUGCUCCUAUACAAAGUAAGUAUCAGCUAUACAAAAUCAUAAUCGUUUGUUGUUAAAUAUUUGGAAGUUUUGUUGUUAGAAUCUGUACUUAUGUAUGUUUUGUUCCCAAAACUUCAUAAACCAAAGAUAUGAAUAGUUUGAAAGAUCUUUUUUGACUUUUCAGCUGUUUCUGCUUGGAACAUGUCUUUUCUUUUCACAGGUUAUUCGAAGUUCUAGAAGCUUCUUUCUAGCUAAAAGUUUUGGUUUUUUCUGUAUGCAUACUCACAAAUAACGAAAUAUAGGGAAAAAAUGUCUUGAAGUUAGGUGGAUGGCAAGCUCUGGUCAACUUUUCUCACCUAAUUAGGUAUUUUGAAAAUUAUGGCGAGACCGCGCAUCUAUGGUUACUUUAGGGUGUCGUAAUAGUAUGUGACUUGUAUAUGAGAUUUUUGACGUCUUUGAUGUUGUAUGCGCCUGGAUUUAAUACGCUUGCCAAUAUCGUACAUUCCAUUUGUAUUACUGAAGUGGCUAAAAGGAAAGUUCCUUUCUUAAAUUACGUAAUGUUUAUGUGUGGUCUCUCUUUGUCUCUUGAACUUAAUGCUAAACUUUGUUCGCUCAUAGAAAUCAAUCCAGAAAGUAGCAAAAUUAUGCAAUUUGAAACUACUUUUGUUUGAUUCAAUCUUUGGGGGUUCUAGUUAAGGAGAUUGGAUACAGAAAUUAUAUAAUGGAGAAUAGAGGUUAACGUAAGCUGUAGAAGGAGCGCAAAUAACGGAGGAAAUGAUAUAAUGAUUUACCAUUUAUUCCAUUUCCAGUAGAAGGUGCCUUGUAGAAAGGGAUGAUGGUAACCACUGGCAGCGGUGGUGUGAGGGGAGAAAAUUUCUCCCCGAGUCUGGAUGCUAGGCGCAAAGUUAACUCUAAGGUUUUAAAAGACGGCAAAAAGAGUAGGCUACCCUUCCAUCUUCAUCUUACUCUAACCUCCUAAAGGUCAUUGUUAGGACUGCAUUCUCAUUGCACGGUUUUACUGCCUGACCAAUAAAGAAUAAUAGUACGCAUUUUUUAUUAAAAUAAAUAUCUAAUAGCAUCCUGCAAUCAAUUAUAGUACUAGAUUUCAUAUUCUUUCCAGAUUUCAAAACUGUCCAUAUGUACUACGGAUAUAUGAGUUAACUAGAGAUUGAUGGGGCCAGUCUUAUAUCAAUUGUAUAUGAAAAUUGCAGACCUAACCUGUAUAUAUGACUGGAAUAUAUUUUUCUUAAUAACUAAAACAUUCCCUCGAAUUGUUUCUUUGUAUAUAUGAAUAUGUGUCAGUGAGCCAGGUUAGCCUUGAAUGUCCAUCUGCCCAGUCUUGGACCAUAGAAGGUCUGAAGGAAAAAUUGAGGCAGGCUGCCCCUCAAUGAGGUAGGCAGCUAACUAUUUCAUCUACCCUCCACUUGGCUGGAUAGACCUCGUCAGGCUUGGGCGGUGCUUCUGAAAAAUUAUCCGGGCUUGAUCCUGAGUGUAUUUAUUCCCUGACUUUUUUCUAUGCUGUGUGAGCCCUGCUCAUUUAUACCUCAUAGUUGGAAGUUAAAAUCCAUAUUCAUAUGUUUUUGGUUUUGUGCGCAUUUGAUGACUCUUUAAAUUUGAAAAUCGGAUAUCAUAUCUUAAUUCUGGGAAUGCUGAUAUGAAAUGAUAAAGAAGCAGAGGGGUUGGGGGGCCAAAGUUUUCUCAGUAAAGAUGAACCUGUUAAAUCUUCAUAAAGUACAUUUCUACACUUGGAGCUAGUUUAUAACUACUAUUUGGCAAUUCAUGCUGUUGCCAUUCUAAUAAUUACUAUUGCUUUGCAGAUUUCAUUAUUAGAAGAAUGUGGAUUUCUUGAUCGAGCGCUUGAAGAAAUGUACAAGAAAGAAGCUAAAAUUGUAAGUGCAGAUUACUUUGCUUAUCUAAGCAGAAUUGAACUCGGAUAUAGGGUAUCGUCUUGCUUAUUUUUAUUCCUUGUUAGGUGGAUAAACUAGCGUUCAAGGAACAAAUGGUUUCUGUAAUGGUGAAGCUUGGCCGCCUUGAUGAAGGCGAGAAAUUGUACAGGUCCUUGCUUUUUAUGAAUCCUGACAACUACAGGUAUUUUAAUUUCUCAUCAUAUGAAUUUUUUUUGAGGAUACUGUAGCUAGUUCUAGAUGGUGUAUUCUGAGUUCUUUGAUGCCAUUUCUGUAUUUGGCUCAUUGGUCAUUAUCCUUUUUACAAUUAAAAUUAACUUCUCUUUUUUUAUACUUUCAUGGGAAGAGCAAGGGAUUCCCUCUGUUGGUUGCCUACCUCGUUUUCAGUUAUAUGGAGGGUGCAAAGUUAUGCUCUUUUGAUAACAAUAUGAGGUCUAACUACCUAAGCGAAUGACUCAGAACAAGUAGGGCAAAACGAAAAACAGCAAGUUCCACUGGCAAACGAGAGAAGGGUGGAUCGCAAAUCAAAGGAUUAAAUGUGCGACUAAAAUCAGAGUCGACUGAAGAAAUAACGAGAGCAUGCAUAAAUAAAGUAAAUAAUGUGGAAUGAAGAUUGGUGGAUAUAGGACCACGAUGGAGUUCUCUUCUUAAUUUUUCCAUGAAAUGCAAAGGACAUGAACCAAUUUUAUUUCCAUUUUUGUUCUUUUUGACGGAAUACACAAAUUUGAUGACGAAACUUGUUGAAUGAUCAGGAUUCAGAGAGCAUUAUUCUAACUUGAAAUCAUGGUUUCCUGCCUUGUUCUGGCCUGUACAAUGUGUCUAAACUUUUGUACUUGAUCAGUUAUGACUUGCAUGGGGUUUCUGAUGCCGAUGUUACUGGCAAGUUUCUGAUUGCUAGGGUUCUUGAUUACGAAGUGCCAAUAUGUAUAUAACAGAUUAUGUUGCGUAAUCAUUCUUAUUUUCACUUUUUUUCAGAUAUUAUGUUGGAUUGCAGAAAUGCCUUGGGCUAUAUUCAGAAAGAAACCAUUACAUGCCUGAUGAAAUCGAUCGGUUGGAUGAUUUGUAUAAAUCACUUAGAGAACGAUACAACUGGUCGUCUGCUGUUAAGGUGAAAAAGAAUCCCGCUGUUCCUAAUCUCUGAUUUAGAAUUUACAUUCUAAACUCCCAAAAUGCCCUACCGAACAAAUAACAAUCAUGAUACCAUCUUUGGUUUUUUUGAUAUAAUAGUGUGCUACAGAUUUCUUUAGUCGUGCUUUGGCUGACUUGGGCUAUUUUAGCAUGAGAGCUUUAAUGUGGCGGAUUUCAUAAUGUCUUAUUGAUAUUAUCAAUUUGCUGCAGCGAAUUCCACUCGAUUUUCUCCAAGGGGAAAGAUUUCGAGAAGCUGCUAGCUGCUACGUCAGACCUCUCUUAACCAAGGUUUGUUCACAGUUAUGUCACGUUAUAAUGUGACGUGUCACUGAACGAUUCGUAAAAGCUUCUACAUCACUUAUCCAUCAUAAUUUAUCGAAGUCCCCUGGUAGCGUUUCUGGAUCGCCUACUAAUCAUUAUUUAUCUUAAUAUGGCAUGACAUCGAAUGAUCGGCAGAGUUUCUGCAUCACUUAUGCAUCAUUAUUUGUUUUAGCGUGACAUAUUGUUGAACUAUUGGUUGAACUCCUGCAUCACUAUCAAUCAUUAUUUGUCUUCCCCAACCUAACAGUACCAUUUUUGUCUUAUAUGUAGGGUGUGCCUUCAUUAUUUUCUGAUCUAAGCCCCCUGUAUGACAUCCCAGAUAAGGUUUUCUCCUAACUGCCUUGUUCUAGCUAGCAUAAACAACAGUAAAAGAAAUUCACGCUAUUAAUUUGUCUUAUACUAAGUUUUCUAGUUUUAAUUUGUACUUUCUGGAUUGUGCAGGCAGAUAUACUUGAACAGUUGUUCCUUGAGCUCGAAAGUUCAAUUCGUUCUACCGGCACAUUCCCUGGAGAGUAAGUCUGUACUUCGAAGUUUAUACUUAUUGGCGGUUGCCCAUUAACUUCUUAUGGGACAUAUCGGAUAUGAUGUUGUGAAAAACAAUUGCCCUUGUUGAUAGCGUGCCAACAUUCCAGAUAAGUUUGUUUUUUUCACUUAAAACUAAAAUUCCCUCGUCAUCUGGAUGGGCAUCUGCACUUUUACCAUUUGGUAUAAAAAAGAUAUCCUCCUAAAAAACUUUGCUCAACUACGUGUCUUGAUGGCCUCUAUCCUCCUUCAGGUGACACCGUCCUCUUUCUCCUCCCUGGUGCCCUGUCCCUUCUAAUUUUCAAAUACAGCUGCCCCCUUCUCAAUACUUUGCCAAACUUUCUCUUCCUCCGCCAGCCCUUUCAUCCUCUAUCCCUCUGCUGGCCCUUUUUCCUCUAUCAUUUUUCACCUGUGCGGCCCACUGUCCUUGUAUGCAGUCUUCCUUUUCAUCUGUCUAUUCCUGCCCAUCUGCCCAUCCAUUCUGUGGCCCCUCCACCACGUUCCAUCUCGAUCCCCAUUUUGUGGAGGAUUCAUUGACCAGGAAGCUGAACUCGGCACAAUAGCACCCGUUUUUACAAUUAAAUACAAUAUUUGGUCGUGUGGAUAUGCCGACUGUGUUUCUUGUUCUUUUCUUAUCGGUAUGCAUUUUGGCAUGACCUUUACUUCCUACUCUCAUCCAAAUUCCAUACCAAUGAUUUUAACAGUCUAAGGUGGAACCAAAAAAGAGUGAUUCCUCACUUUAGGCAAUGAAAUAGAGAUCUGCAGUGGUAUUAUCGGAGACAGGAGAUAAUUUGUUAUUUUAAAUGAUCAUGGCCUCCCGUUACCAUGCGAUUAUAUAUAUUGACUUUACGAAUUUUUUAAUUCAUGGAUGCAUUUAAAGUGAAUUAGUAUUGCAAAUUCAAUUAUUCAGUUUAAAUUCCAUGGCUGUCUAGAUAUGGAUGUAGGCCGAUGGAAUGUAGGAUGAGUCCCUCCUAGAAGAUUUUUUUGCUUGAAGAAUAUAGAGAAAAUAAAAUUUCUGAAAACUGCAAGUGAACGGAUACUUUUUAGUAUUCGAAACGAUUUCUUGUGUAUUAUCCAAUGAGUUUCAGGAAUGGACCAUGGUGAAGAAUGUAAACAAGUAGUUUAUUGAUUGUUGUUACAUGGCAUGCGAUCUCAUUAGCCAGAAAUAUCAGAAUCUGGUCCAUCUUUCUAAACGUAGACAUCAAGCAUGUUCAAAAUCAUUGUUGGCUUGAGUCCAGAUGACGACUUCAAUUGGAGACUCCUGGCUUGUAGCUAUUCAUUAUUUGGGUGAAAUUACGGGUAUCUUAGUUAUUCAUGGUCUAUUGGGGGGAAAAGAUCUGUUUACUUGGCUAUUGGUUUUUUUCUUCUUUUUCCUCUGCUAGGCUAUUGGCUGAUUUGUUUCGGGGGAGCCUCUUGUCUUUCAUGUGAAAAGAACUCUUCUAAGGCAUCGAAAACCCAUCCUCUAUUUUACAAUAAGAAUCUAAGCCGCGUGAUGUAAAAUAUCAGCCGAACAUCUCUGGAUCAAUUUUUGUUGUAACACAUGGUAUAUGAAUUUACAUUUAUACAGGAGAAAAAAUCUUCCAUUUUUUUAAAAAUUUAUAUUUAAAAUAUCAUUGUCGUAUGUAAGAGACUCGCCUUUAUUUCAAAUCAUGGUCACAAUAUUUUACCUAUUACUUUUAGCUUCUCGUUGUCUUUUUGGCUAAGAAGCCUGGAUUUAUGUGAACUGCAGAGCUCAGAAUGAACCUCCUUCAACACUCAUGUGGACUCUCUUUUUGUUAGCUCAGGUUCGUUGUCAUCUGUGAUUUUUCUGCCUUUUCUAUUUCGUUCCAUUCUAUUUUUUUAACAUUAUGGUUUAAUGCUGGACGGCAAUUUUUUCCUGCAGCAUUUUGACAGACGUGGUCAGCAUGAUCUUGCUCUUGCUAGAAUUGAUGAAGCUAUUGAGCAUACUCCUACUGUGAUUGACCUGUACUCAGCAAAAGUAAAUUUUGGUCCCUCUCAAAUUUUUCUUUCAUUCUGGUUUUUUGGAAAUAUUUACUGCGUAAUGCUUAUCAUUGGGUUAAGUUAUGUCGAGUAAUUUUUCUGUGGAUAUUAGAUGCCAAAGGCUUGUUUUGAUUCGUCAAAUGUACUUGUCUUUCUUAUUUAACUAUUAGUUGAUAAAUCAUUCACUCGUGGAAACUGGAAUUUCACGCUGGAAUGUCAAAAAUUAAAUUAGACUGUUGGUGCACCAACCUUCCAUGAUAAAGGGUUUUGUGGUGGGAAUGCACUAGGCAAAGGGCCUAAAUCUGGGUGCUGCUCAUUCUGAUGGCGGCUUUGAGAACAGCUAUGGUAGACGCCAACAUUAAGAAGAAGCGCCUUUUUUAUUGAUUGUGGAGCUCUUACACAGAGAGUCAUGUUGUGACAAUGAAGGAUCACUGGUCUCUAUGUAUUACCAGUUCUAUUAGGACUUAGGGAAUUAUUCUUAAUCUUGCAACUUGUUCUUGUUUCCCUUAAUGUUUAUCCACUUUUUAAGCUAUAAGCUCUUGUCUAUAUCUUCAAGUUUUUGUUGUGAUUUAUGACUUCCAUAUAUAGGUUUUUACGUAUCUCUGUGAGUUUUUGUUAAACGCGAGCCAGUUUUUUCAUGAAAAUUGAUUCUCUUGCAAAUAAAUAAAUAAAUAAAUCUUGCUAACGUUUCAUUAUUUGUAUCUUUUUUCACCAGUCCGCAGCACUGACGCUGUAUGUAGUUGUCGUCUGUGUACAUUUCACCAUUUCUUUUCUCCCCUGCUAAUAUCCUUAUCAUGUUUUAUUUUUUUAUCUGAGAAGUUUAGCAGUGUUUCCUAUGCUCAUUGAUCCAUGAUUUUUCACCUUUUUAAUGACUAACGUCUUUUUUCUCUCAAGUUGUUGAAUUUCAAUUUUAGUAUAUCCUGGAAUUCCAUGAUGCUUUGCUAUAUUGGACUUUGCAACGCUGCCUUUCAUAGUCUUUCUUAUUGGACUGCUUUUCAUGUUUGCAACUCCUCACGAGGAGGUUCUGUUAAACUUUGCCGGAUGCCAUCUUUUUUUGUGAACACUUGCAUUCGUUAUCAUGGUUCUUUUUACCUUUGUUUUACUUUCUUAAGCAUUACUUCGCUUAGAGCCUCUCCAUUGAAAACAUUUUCUAAAAGUUAGAUAAAGUCUACACAAUAAGGCACCAUUUAUUGUCAUGUGAAUGUAUGUGUGCUAAAUGUUACAGAGGCCCCAUUUCUCUCUCUAACUUGCCUUCCCUCGCUUAACUCUGACAAAAGAAUAACAUUUCUAAAACAAUGCCUUUCAUUGCUUUGAAAUACAGGGCAGAAUAUUGAAACAUGCCGGUGACUUACCGGCUGCAGCUGCUUUGGCUGAUGAAGCUAGGUCUAUGGACCUUGCAGAUCGUUUCUUAAAUAGUGAGUGUGUGAAGCGCAUGCUACAGGCUGAUCAAGUAUGCAUAAUGUUUCAUUCUUUUGUUCUGUUUUCGAUACGUGCUAUUUCGUAAAUGUUUAAUGAAAUAAUAUAUUUUUUUUACGUUUAUAGAUCAUGUUUGAAUUUGAAUAUUUCUUACAUUUGUUUUCUGAAGGUGAGUCUUGCUGAGAAAACCGUGGUACUGUUUACAAAGGAUGGUGACCAGCAUAAUAAUCUUCAUGAUAUGCAAUGCAUGUGGUAUGUCCUUGUCCUAUGCUCAAUUUGAUACCAAUUAAUGCUAUAGCAUAUGUUCUCUUCAACACUAAAACAUACUACCUUGCAAAUUCUGCGAAGGUAUGAGCUUGGUUCUGGUGAAAGUUAUUUCCGUCAAGGUAUCCUUGGUCGAGCCUUAAAAAAGUACUUAGCUGUUGAAAAGCACUAUGCGGACAUGACAGAAGAUCAGUUUGACUUCCAUUCUUACUGUUUACGCAAAAUGACUUUGCGUUCAUAUGUGGCAAUGCUGAAAUUUCAAGAUCAGUUGCAUUCGCAUCCAUACUUUCACAAGGCUGCUGCUGGAGCCAUCAGGUAUACAUCUUUGAAAUCUAUCCAUUUAAUUCUUGAUUCAAAUAAUUGAAAGAAAUAAGAUAUAAAGAACUGCUUUACCUGAAUCUAUGAGCGACGCUUGUUCCUUAAAUAAGUUGUGAGUUUGGAAAACAUUUAGUGAGAGGAUUAUAUCCAGUAUACUGAUCCUUUUGCAUACUGAAGCAUCGAACAUUUGUACUGGGUCCUUUUCAUGUUUGCUCGGCAUAAUUCAGUAUCCUUUGUUUGGUACAUCAGUGCCCAUUGUAUGUUGUAAAAUCCUGUAUAGAUGUAUAAUUUUUAGUGAUAAUUUCUCUGAGACUAUGAUGUUAUACGGUUUACUAGAGUAGGACAGUAUCUGUCCUAACAUCCUCGUCCGUUGAGAAGGCCAUUUCCAGUUUUUGUCAUUUAUCUGAUGCUGUUUUUUAAAUUUAAAUUUCAGCUGCCAUUUCAGAUUGGAGUGAUGAUUCUUGUUCCUCUUGUCUUAUGUGUUCUUUUAAUAGAUGUUAUAUGAAAUUGUAUGACUCUCCUUUAAAAUCGGCGCCUGAAGAAGAUGACGAAGCGGCACAAUUGCUUCCUUCUCAGAAAAAGAAACUCAGACAAAAACAAAAAAAGGCAGAAGCUCGAGCCAAGAAAGUAAAUUGAACUUCCUGUUUGAUAUUGUCCACUGAUUUGUCGCAUAUGCUUUUGUAAUACUUAUUAACUUAUGCAGGAGGCUGAAGAAAAAGAAAAAAAUGAGGAGGAAUCAAGUUCUGCUAGUGUUUCUAAAUCUGGUAAGCGUCAGCAUGCCAAGCCAGUUGAUCCCGAUCCUCAUGGGGAUAAACUGUUGCAGGUGAGCGUUCUAGCUUGGUAUCUUUCGCUUACUCUUGUGAGUAAUUUGAAACGAAUUCUAAUUCUUUUGAUUUUUUUACAGUUGUUAGACAAGAUCACAUUUGUCAUAGUGGACUAGUAAUGUUCUUGGUUUUGAGGAAUUUUAUUCUCUAUGAGUUGAUGCAGGUAGAAGAUCCAUUGUUGGAAGCUACUAAAUAUUUAAAGUUGCUUCAAAAGAAUUCUCCAAAGUCCUUGGAGACCCAUUUUCUUUCUUUUGAGUUGAACAUAAGAAAGCAAAAGAUCUUGCUUGCUUUCCAGGUAUUUGGCUGUCUGAAAUUGCGUUACACUGAAUUCUUUUGGAUAUGUAGCCGUUCUUUGUAGACGAGCUGUGCAAAACGUUACUAGAUGUUAUGUUGAACAUUAAGUUCUGAUAAUUUUUUAUAAUUUCACGUUUUUAGAGGUGAACAUUGAAAUUUAUCGUCCAUAAUUUAUACGCCAUGACACAAUCUCAUGGCAAAAGGUUACUUCAAAUGCGCGCAUUAGGGAUACUGUUCAUUGGUGUUAUUGAUUGCUCAUCAUAAUUGAUGACAGAGACAAGUAUCAAUGACAAUCAUGACCUUCUACGAGGGCCAAUAUCUGUCUAAUGUUAUUAAAAGACGAUAGCAUAAGGCCAAUUACAAAAAACCUGGCUCACAAAGUUAUGACCAACUUAGUUGCCAUGAGGAUGAUCGUAGGGGAAAAGGAAUCAAUCUUGGUCGGAUUUUGUCAUGAUUUUGACGUCAGGAGGCAAGACAUUCUUGGAACGUGCGAAGUAUGUUAUCGACGGUUCAAUGAUGUGCCUUUGAGCAGACUAGGACAACUCCAUUCCAUAUUUUUUUUAUAUUAGAAUGGUCAUUCCGUUGGGCCAUAUGAAAAUCAAACAAUUUAAAGAAAAAAGUUAUUCUCAUUUUAUAAAUUUCAACGAGGUGAUGGGCUUUUUGAAGGUUGACCCUGAUCGAAUGGUCCUAAAUUCUGUAAUGAAGAUUAGUGUUCACGUGCAAAUGUGAUAUUAUAGAACUUUUGAAGAUCCAUGUGUGAAGUUAGCUCUUAACGGCAUCACCUAGAAUUUUGUCAAAUGUUCGGAUCUUGGGGCGGAGAUAGAUUUAUAGCUGACGCAAGACCGAUGGUUUUGUCUUAAGAUCGAUGGUUGUCUUAUAUUGAUUUUCAGUUAUAUUUGCUAAAAAGGUGAUGGAAAUGCUUCAACAACUUUAUUUUAUAUCGAUUUCGAUCCCUUAAGUUCCAUUUUCUCAUUUAAAACAAGGAAUAAUGUUCUAUCUCAUCAAAUUCGAGGAGACAACGGAGACCUAAGUUUAUACUUUCUUUGGGAAAUUUAGCUUCUGUUUUUCACACAGUGGCCUUCCACUCGCAUGUCUUUAUCAAACAUGCGUUCCUUGUAGUAUUUUUAUGCUCAAGAGACCGGCGAUUGAUUGAUUGAGCUGUUUAUGUUCUCUUGCGAUCUCUUAUACCCUGUCUGGUAUUACCUGCAGGCUGUUAAGCAUCUACUGGCUAUAGACGCGACCAACGCCGAUUCACACCGAUGCCUGGUAUAUAUACCUCUGUUCUCCUCAAACUCUUCUUUUUUAUACUUUCAAUGCUCUGGUCGUCCGAAAUUGGAAUGAAUUUUGAUGAAAUCCCUUGUAACGUCUUUAAUAAAGGUUUUUUUUUUUCGGUAUAAAUGAAAAAAAAAAGAAGGAAGAAAGCAAUCGAUGGCUAAUUAGCACGGACAACAUUUCUCCGGUGCUCUUUUAAAUCUCAUAUUUCAGUUUAAAGUGGUUCUUUUUGCUUAGAUAUUACAAGGAUAUAUUUUUUGAAGAAUUUUUAAUUCGGUGAGAGUCUAGAGAAGGAUGAAAAGUAAAGGAUUUCUUUCCCCUAUGUACAUUGUUGAUAUUCCAUAUUCAUUUUGUCAUAAUUCCAGCCUGCAUCAAUCUACGAAAUACUUGGUGUAGAGGAUAUUCGUAGCUCUUGCUUCUCAGAGAAUCCAUCAAAGUUGGGAUCUUUAUUUAUGAAGUGAUAGGUUAUCUUAUACCAAGCAAUCACACGCUACAUUUGUGGUAACGGUUUGGAAGUUUUGACGAACGUCUCCAAGAUUGUAUUCAUUUGACGCCAUUAUUCUGUCCCAAAUUUCCGUUUCGUGAGGCCAAUCAUUGUGGGCAGAAAGUGUUGUAAUUUCCUUGCAGCCUUCGAGACUAGUAGCCCACUUCGUCAAGUUCAGAUGUUCAUCUGAGGGGGUAUCAAAUGAAGCAAAUAUAUUCAAUCAAAAAUUCUCCAUUUACCAUCCUCGUUUUCUGAUAAUUUUCUCCUCGUUUAUUAAAGAAUAUUUAUCAGAAACUCUCAAAGUUGGUUGCCUACUUUUCUUCCUUCCAGAGUUUUUUCUUCCCCUCCUUCUGUGUUAUAGAUCUUAACAUGAUGAUGAUGGUUGUGAUUAUUUCUCGGGCUACUGCUAUCUUUUCUCCAUGUCAGUCAGCUAUAUGUCAGCUCAGUGACCAUGGCCUGCCGAUUCUCUUCUCUGUGCUUACUUAUCUUGACAUCGAUUCCAAUCUCAAACAUCUACAGAUUAAAUUCUUCCAUAAGCUCAGCAGCUUGCCAGCUCCGUCCACAGAGGCCGAGAAACUCGUCUGGCAAGUUUUAGAAGCAGAGCGACCAAAUAUCAGGUGCUUGCUUCGCUCAUUUCAUGCCCUCUCCUGUCUUCUUAUUCAUUCCUCCCGGGGGAUUAAAACCCAGUGACCCCUCUCACAGUCAAUUGCAAGGAAGGUCUCUCAUUGAAGCCAACCAGGCCUUCCUCGAGAAACACCAAGGUCUGUGCUCCUGUAGCUGAAGAUCAUCUCAUCAGAUCAUCAUAUGUUCCCGGAAUUUCUUUUUUAUUCAGCUGUAUUCCUCGGGCAUCCAGAUUCCUUGACGCACAGGGCAGCAGCUUCUGAAAUGCUUUACAUGCUGGAGCCCGACAAGAAGGUUGAGGCGAUCAAGCUGAUCGAGGAUUCAACUAAUAAACCGGUCACAAGGUGAUUUAUGGAAAAAUUUAGUCACAGUAUGUCUCCCCUCAGAGGAAAAACCCCAUGAACCGUUCUGGGUCUUCGUUUUUUGGUGCAGAAACGAAGCGUUUGGACCCGUUUUGGGGUGGAAGCUCCAGGACUGCGUCUCCGUCCACAAGCUGCUCGGAACGGUCUUCAAUGAUCCUGAUUCUGCUUCAAGUGAGUACAAAACAAUCUCUUUUCACCAUUUCUUGCGUUAUAAUACAAACCCUUGACUGGUCUUUACUCUAUAUACUCGGUCUAUCUCUAUAGGAUGGGGGGCUCGGUGUGCAGACUAUUUUCCCUAUUCGACGCACUUUCAAGGCAGGCUCAGCUCAGUCAUUGCCAGCAAAAGUCAAGGGCUACCAGAAAACGGGGUUGUUAUGAACCACCAUGAAGCUGAGAUUGUCGAUCCAAAUUCCUUGAAUGGGAGAUUGGAGGCAUUCAAGGGCCUGGCGAUCUGA